UUUACUAUUUGGAAGUAGAAAAAAUAAUCUUUUCACUUCACACAUUAUUUUUGCAACAUGCGUCGUGUUUUAGAGUGGAUGUUCUUCACUUACUUUUUAAUCAACAUUCCAAUCGUUAUAAUUAUGGACUCACAGAUCGUCUUUCCCAGCUGGCUUUACCCACAGUCUGUGAAAGAUGCUGUGUCUUGGUAUGGGAAGACCAUGAAAGACCCCAUGAUGCUCGAGCCUCCUGCAUGGUACCAGGCAUUUUGUAUGUGUGAACAGUUCCUGCAGUUGCCUUUCUUUUUUGCAGCAGCCUAUGCAUUUUAUAAAGGAAAUUGUGGAUGGGUAAGGAUGCCAGCCAUCAUUUAUUCUGCACAUGUUGUAACUACAUUGGUUGCCAUCUUGUACCACAUUGCAAUGCAUGAUUUCAGCCAGUCAAAGUAUCCAGGACCCAGCACUAUGAUGGAAAGAUUGACUUUGAUUAGUAUCUAUCUGCCAUUCUUUGUCAUACCACUCUUGCUUCUUAUUGUCAUGGUGGCAGAUGAGGGUUAUGGAUCACAUGCAAGUAUUAAAGGUCCUCUUCAACCAGAACCAAGGAGAUCACUUAGACUUAAGAAAAAAUAGUCCUCUAGUUGAUGUUAGUGAAAGAGAACAUUUAGAAUUGCAUGCUGAUAGUUAAUAUAGCACAGUUGUAAUUGUAAAUUUACUUGUGUUGAUUGUUUAGGUAUGCAAAAAAAAAAUGAUUUGCAAGCCAAAUUAUUGGUAAAGAUGUCUACAUGAAUGUAGAAGGAUGAUGAGCAAGACAUUUUUAUAUUUGUUUUCAUGUCCAAGUUAUUCAUAAGUAUCAUAAUAAUGAGCAGUUCUAUUUGGUGACACAAUUUCAUAUUUUAGAAUUAUUGGAUUUUAUUAAUAAGGGUGUGUUUUUAUGUGUAUCACUUAUUGAAUAUUGAGGUGAAGUUCAGAAAAAAUUUAUAUAAUAAACUCAGAUUGCUGCUGUAUAUGAGUACUGUACGAGUACGAGUAGAGUAUCUAAUUUUACAUUUAUUAAAUUUUGUCCUCUUUCUAGUUUUAACUACUAGUAAUUAAAGUUGCACGUAUGUUAUUUGCCAGCCAAACAGCUAUUGAUGAUAUGCAUUCUGCUGUUUUAAUAGUAGAAACAUCAUUCAAGUACAAUCUUCCUUUCUUCAUUCAAGUCAACUGUACAUCAUACCAGGUGAGCAUCCAUAGCUCCUGGAGUUUCUUUGCACUUCUUAACAUUCCUAGAUAUGUUGUACUUGUUCAUUGCUGAUGUCAGUUUACUGAGUCCAUGCAAGUUUUUAGUGAAUCUACAUUUGUUAAAUCCUGAUGCUGCAAAUUCCAAGGCCUUUUGUGUACAUUUAUGUUCUAGCAUCCAAAGAACAAACAGAACACCUAAAUUGGGUCACCUUUGUUAGAGGCAAUGUACAUUUUAUGAUAAUAAAUUAAUUAGAUUUGCUAAAUGUGCGUAGGACUGUUUGAAUUUUGUGAGUGACAUUAUAAAGAAGUUGACAGUAAAUUGUGUGAUCUUUUUUAAGAAAGUACAUAUAUUAUGUUCUGUUAAUUACAGACAUGCUGAAACUGCCGGUCCGAUCG